AAGGCAUUAGCCCAAAUUAGGCUUAUAUUGCAGGUUUUCGAACUGCUGUCCAGUUAUUUUACCAGCAUCUCUGGCAUUGCAUGUAACUGGCACAGACCCUUCAAGAAAACAUGUCUUUAGGCCUGGAGCUCAUCGGUAUUGUGUCAUGUGUGCUGGGCUGGCUUUUGGCCAUUGUGGCUUGUGCUCUCCCCAUGUGGAGGGUAACAGCCUUCAUCGGCUCCAACAUCGUGACGGCUCAGAUUAUCUGGGAUGGCCUGUGGAUGUCCUGUGUGGUUCAGAGCACUGGACAGAUGCAGUGUAAAGUCUAUGACUCCAUGCUGGCUCUCUCUCAGGACCUCCAGGCAGCUCGAGCACUGACUGUGAUAUCCAUUCUUCUGACCGUCCUGGCUAUAUUGGUGUCCAUCGGAGGAGCGAAGUGCACUAAUUGCAUUGAAGAAGAGUCGUCCAAAGCUAAAGUCAUGAUCUUCGGAGGGGUGCUGUUCAUCGUAGCUGGGCUUAUGCAGCUGAUUCCCGUAUCCUGGUCUGCCAACAGCAUCAUCAGGGACUUUUAUAACCCUUUGUUGCCUGAUGCCCGGAGACGGGAGAUGGGAGCGGCGCUCUACAUCGGCUGGGCAGCAGCUGCGCUCCUGAUUUUGGGGGGAUCGUUGCUUUGUUGCUCCUGCCCUCCACAGGAGAAAAAAUAUAACCCGUCUCGGAUGCCGUAUCCUGCGUCUCGCUCUACAGGUGGGGGAGGAUAUGACAGAAGAGACUAUGUGUGAAACAAACAAAGGACAACUCUGAAUUCGGUGUUGCAGUGUUCAAUACAUGGGCAUCAUUUUCUGGAAAAAAGUGAAAAUAUGCCAUGCAUUCUCCAUCGUGGGGGAAACAUGUCUCAUGAAGUUGUUUGAUGUUUUAGGUUUUCAAGUAAGUGAGAUGUUGGCUGUUCAGAAUAUAAGGACAUUGACAGUGAGAAAUGACCUUUUGUAAUUGCUUUGAACAUGCAUACUAGGUCUGUUACGUUCAACUGAAAUCUCAACAAAACAUCAUUUUCAGUUAACUGAGAUGUAUAAAGCUGAUUUAUUGGUAAUUUCUUUUAGUUUUCUGGACUAGUUGCACUAAGAUUUUAUGUUUGAUUUAGAUAUAUUUUGACAGUCAAGUUGACUGUGUUCACUAUAUGUUGUAGAAUUUAAAAUGUCAUUAUUCUUUUUUCUUAAACCAUCAACUAGACACUGUGCAUGAUUCAAAUUGUAAUUGUCAUUUCUUUAUUAUUUAUACAAUUUUUCUUGUCUAUUUGUACAAAUGGAAUUUGAGAAACAUGCAUUUUUCUUGUACAAAUAUGAUUGGUUCAUAAACACAUACUGCCACUUAAAUUUGUAAGCUAAAAUAUAAAAUAACAAUAUAAACUGAACUAAAAGUUGGCCCGAGGUUCAUUUAAGUAUAGCCCAGAAAUGUGAGAGGAGGGUCAGAAUGGUGGGAGUUUGAGUACUUUAUCUGUGAGCACUGAGGCAGAAAGAACAGCUGAGGAGUACAGGAUUCUGUCAAAGGUAAUUUUGUGCUAUAGUGUCCAUAUUGUAGUCUGUGUACGGUAGUGUGUAUGCUGAUCAGGAACAUUAAGUUGUUGUUACCCUUGUGUUUCAGUACAACAAUAAAUGAAUAAAUCAACCCAUGAUUAAUUUUGAAUAUAGUAUGGAUGCUUAAAACCAUCUCUGUAUCUCUUUUUUAUAAGGGUGUAAUGAUGACUAGAGAAAACCUGAAACUCAAGCCAUGAGGCCGUGUUACCUCCAGUUAGCAACAAAGCCAAAUACACACCAGUAAUCAUCAGCAGGUCACCUAACAAGUGAGGGUGGCAAAUGGUGGCAGGUAAGGGACAGAACAACAGAGAAACAGCUUAGUUACACAAAUACACUUGUCAGAGCUUAAUUAUUUAGCUGAAGAGUUACAUCAUUAGGGGAAAAAAAUAAUAAAAAAUCAAAAGGAAAAUUCUUCAUAAACCACUUUUAUUAUUUCUACUGUGUAAUGUGUUGUAAUUAAAUUGUAAUUAAAUAACUUGAUGGAGAACCAAUUUUGGCAGCUUCUAACAGUGGCAACGUGAAAUAUUGAAGAGGGCCUCAUAUGGGUGACGCAUACAUCAGCAUAUCACCUUACCAGGGUAUGUCACCUGUUUCUAUAAACACAGGAUCAGUGGCAGCUCAGUUAAGGACAACGUGCAGGCUAAAUA